UGACCCGCUCUCGCCUUCGCAGGCCACGCGUUCUCUCUGUCUCUUCCAACUCCAACUCCAACUCCAACUCCCCCGUCGGACCCCCACCUCACCGCCGCGGCUUUCCCACAGGGCCUGCAUCUCCCCCGCGCCUCGCCUCCCUCGACGCACGCACGCUCCCCACCUCGCCGGCGGCCCCAGCCACGGCGUCAAGCUAGCCACCCCCAACCUCCAGGAACACCCGCGCCGGCCGGAGGGGCCAGGGCCGGGGAGGGAAGAUGGUCUUCGUCUGGCUCGCCGCCUUCUUCCUCGUCGUCACGCUCAUCGUGCUCGUCAUCUUCCAGUUAAUGUGCUUGGCAGAUCUGGAGUUCGAUUAUAUCAACCCAUUUGAUUCAUCGUCUCGAAUAAAUAAAGUGGUUAUGCCAGAAUUUAUAGUGCAAGCACUUCUAAGUGUAUUAUUCCUCAUAACUGGGCAUUGGGCAAUGUUUUUGCUUUCUGCCCCUAUGGUGUACUAUAAUUAUACAUUGUACGAGCGCCGGCAGCAUCUAGUAGAUGUAACAGAGAUAUUUAAUCACCUAGCCCGGGAGAAAAAACGCCGUCUUUUUAAGAUAGGGGCUCUUGUCAUCCUCCUAUUCUUGUCCUUGUUCUGGAUGAUUUGGAGUGUAUUAUUGGACGAGGACGACAGCCAUUAGUUAGGUCUUAUGGAGAAAAGAAGGCAGGCAUGCCCUCGGGGAGCUGUUUGUUGCUCAAGUUUAGUGAAAGCUCCUAUUGUUGUAGCGUGUGAUGUAAGCUAGGAGCCACGCCCUAUUUAUUUGUUUGCGCAUCUGGUCAUAUGGGGCAAAGAAUGAUUUUGUUCACGUCGAAUUUCGGAUGCAAAUGUGUGUGAUUAUGUCGAUGUGAGGAUCAAUUCUUGUAGCUGACCAGGAAGUACUGGCAUUUCGGUUUAGUGCAACUCUUCUUUUAGGGAGGUUUAGUGCAACUCUGAGUGCAAUCACAGUUGAUUCUUUCUGUUGA